AUGCAUAAAUCGAAACAGAAACAAAAAGCACUACAAGAGCGUGUCGACAGCUCGGAUCAGCCAACAGUGAUCAUGUUAGAUGCUAUCGACAAGAAUCACCAAGGACGCAUGGCUCAAAAAGACAUCAAUAUGGAAAAUGACCAUGUAGUAACACUGCGCGAGGAUCACGAGGCACAAUGUGAAAGAAAAGUCAUGCACGAUGAUAGCAAGGUUGGAAGUGAAGUAUCAUAUGUAUCUGACGCACAAAAAGCGAGUUUGACCGAAGAACAACCUGAUAAGAAUCAAAGAGUAGAAGUAAUGAAGGAUGGUCGUGUGGUGAUUGAUCAACAAAUAAGUGGAAGAUGUCAGGUUGUAGGAGAUCUUGCUGUACACCAAAACCAGCAAAUUCCCAAUGAAAUGAAUGAGAUUGAUACGGAUUUUUCUCCGAUUGUUGGUUAUGCUGAGGAGCCUUUAUUACCACUUCCUGAAGCAUGUGCUCCAUUGAUCAAUAUUCUUCAUGAUUUAUCAGUCUAUGUACAGCUGGCACUAGACGAAACACCCGAAAGUCCAUCCGAUGGCUUGACAGUUGAUGAGAGCGCUGCGAUUCGACUAUACACGAUCGAAUGGGAAGGACCACAUCGAAGCUUAUAUUCAAUGCUCAAUUACACUCUGAAAAACGCCAAUCGUGAAGAACUUCGACCUUAUUUUAAGUAUAUGAAACUAUUUUUGACAGCACUUGUCAAACUUCCGUGUGUUCCACCAUUGACUGUUUGGCGAGGAGUUACGAAAAAUUUGAGUGCAGAAUUUCCACCUGGUACUCCAGUGACAUGGUGGUCAUUUUCUUCAUGUACGAUAUCGCUAUCUGUAUUGAAGAAUAAUAUGUAUUUGGGUGAUACAGGUGCGCGAACGCUAUUUUCUGUUGAAGCCAUCAAUGGACGAACAAUACGUGCCCAUUCACAUUUCGUUACAGAAGAAGAAAUUCUUCUUCUACCCGGUACUCAUAUGAUAGUACAAUCACAAUUGAGUCCAGCAUCUGAUCUCUAUAUCAUUCAUUUGAAACAAGUCAUACCAGAACAAACCUUACUGGAGCCUCCUUUCGAAGGUAACUUCCAAGAUUUCAGGUUCAUAUUCUAA